AUGACAGAUAAAGAGAGAGAGACAGAAUUGAGAGAAGAGAAUGCAGAGGAGAGAGAGGCAGUGAGGAACGAUGAAGGGGUUGUGCUUGUUGGGGAUGAAAGAGGUGAAAUCGAAAGUGCUGACACCAUGGUUGAAACAGAGAAGAAAGACUUAGAAGGAGGUUAUGAGACAGAGGACGAGGAAGACAUGAAAUCUGGAAAACGAGAAAAGAUGGAUGAAGCUGAGGAUACUCUUGGUCGAUUUGAGUAUGAGAUCGAGGAAUCAGUAGCUGAUUUUGAGGAUGAGAUUCCAACGGAGAGAAACGAGAUUCCAGAGAGCUCAGAUGACUCCUCCGAGGAUGAGAUUGAUAAAUGGUUGCUGAAGACGAAGUACAAGUAUCAUAGCUGCACUCCGAAUGGAAAAUGCAAGCUGUUGAAAAGUCCGGUGAUUGCAAGACUAUUUUUGGAUAAGCUGAGACAGAAAGCAGAUUUGAUGCCUGAGGAGAUUCAACAGAUUAUAAAGGAGAAGUGGAAAAUAGUCAGUACACGGAAUCAGUGCCAAAGAGGCAGACUUUUAGCUCUGAAAUGGCUUGAGAAAGAGUAUGAGGAGCAAUUUGCUCAUCUUCGAGGAUACACACAUGAGAUCAUGGUGACAAAUCAGGGUUCCACAGCCAUUGUAGACACAUACAAAAACAAAGCAGGGGAAGAUGUUUUCAAAGGUUUUUAUGUGUGCUUUGGGGUUCUUCGGGACACUUGGAGAGGAUAUUGUAGGCCAAUUAUCAGACUUGAUGGUACUUUCUUGAAGAGAGCUGUGAAAGGGGUGUUGCUAACUGCUGUUGGACAUGAUGCUAACAAUCAAAUCUACCCGAUUGCUUGGGCCGUUGUUCAGUCUGAGACAACUGAUAGUUGGCUAUGGUUUAUUAAAAAAAUAAAAGAUGAUUUAGUUCUGCAAGAUGGGAAUAGGUUUGUCAUCAUUUCAGAUAGAUCAAAGGACUGA